AUGGCGAUUGAAGAUACUCUUACAGAGGAGAGAGAGGAGAAGAUGGUGUCUUCAGAUGGUCGGAAUCCAACAUUCAGAAUGGGAAGAUUCCUCAAGCCUUGUACUUAUUCUCCUGAAAAAGCAGCGUCAUUGCCUCAUGUUCCUUUUUUAUCUGAAACUAUUUCCCAAAAUUUUACAAAAUGGCCUUCCGAGGUUUUGUUUAAGGGUUUCAGUCCACCACAGAGAAAGUGGAAGGAAUGGGUAGAUCAUUUGGCAAAGAAACAUGAAUCUACCUGGAAAAAAUCCGGCAUUCAUGAUGCAAUUCUGAGUUCCACAUAUUCUAUCCAAAUAAAUCGGGAACUACUUCUUGGGCUCUCUGAAUUUUGGUGUUCAGGCACUAACACCUUCGUAUUUCCAUGGGGAGAGGCAACAAUGACAUUAGAGGAUAUGUUGGUUCUUGGUGGAUUCUCUAUUCUAGGACUACCCGUUACUACCCCUCUCAUAGAGGAGCCUCUUAAGAAGAUAGAGCAGAAGUUGAUUGCAGAACACAAAAACUUCUAUAGAAGCAGAGCUAAAAAGGCGGAUCAAUCGGCUUGGAUCAACCGAUUCAUGUGUAACGAGGCAGAGGGAGAAACAGAGGAGCUAGGACACGUAGCUCUUCUAGUCCUUUGGCUGUCAAGAUAUUGUUUUUCUUCUUACCCUGAAAAAGUAAUAGGGAAAAAUGUCUUCUCUGUAGCCAUUCACUUGUCUCAGGGGACUCGGCUAGCUCUUGCACCUGCAAUUCUCGCCAGUCUUUACAAAGACCUUCGUUUCAUAUAUGAGCAGGUAUACCUGACUAACUCUGCUUCUUUUACUGUUUGGGCUCCAUUUCAGUUACUACAACUGUGGACUUGGGAACGAUUCCCUCUUUUGAGACCCAGUUAUUCCCCUAAUCCACUGCACCCUGGGGAACCCAGGGUGGGUCGAUGGCACAAAUCUAUCUUGAAGCUUAGAUUCAAAUUGAAGCUUCCACAUGUGAGGUCUAUUCUGAAACAGAUUGAUAAUUUCGAAUGGCGGCCUUACGUGUCUGCUAUUAACAACUGCCCAUACCCUUCUUUCUACAUAGAGAAAGAAGAGCUACUAAACGAUGGAUCUCUCCUAGAAGAUGAUGAAUUACAGUCCUUUGUUCGUUGCUUAAGAAGCUGUGAGCUUGUUGGGUUGGAUUGUGUGGAACAGUAUCUACCGCACCGGGUGGCGAGACAGUUUGGGAUUGAUCAAGAUCUUCCCGGACAUUUUCCCCGAGUCAAUUCAGACAGGAAAAUUGCUUGGAGUAGCUAUGACCGCCAUGUGAGGGUCCCGAAGUUAUACAUUCGAAGCCGAUUUUUAGAGGCCAAAUGCACGCAUAGAUACGCUAACUGGUGGAAAGAUUCCAUGUUGGUUCGCAGAGAAGCUAUCAAGGAUGUUUUGGAGAAAAGAGAGAGGUUGACGAAGAAUUUCAAGGUACACCCACAAGCUGAAAAGGAACAGAGCAAUCGAGACAGCUGGGGUGAUCAUCCGCCGGGAUUUGCUCCAAAGAAAGCCAAUUUCAAGGUAAACCCAAAAGCUGAAGCUUCAAAAAUGAGAGACGAGGAACAGAGCAACUGUGACAACUGGGGUGAUCAUCCGCCGGGAUUUACUCCCAAGAAAGCCAAUUUCAGAAGGGAGAAGCAUUGUGAUAUUGACGAGGACAACGAAGAUUAUGAUCCCAUUGGGGCACUAAGGAAAAGAAGUGGAUCAGUAAAGACCCAGAAACCUGGUGAUGGUGGGAGGAAGAGGAUUGCCCUAACAAGUAGAUUCUACAACUCCAAAGAAUUGGUGCUGGUUGAAGAGGAAACACAAAGCCAAAAAGAAGAACCAAAGGACCUUAUGCCAAUUUGGAAUGAUGAUGAUUAUGAGGACAAGGAAGAUUAUGAGCCCAUUGCGGCAUUAUGGAAAAGAAGAAGUAGAUCGGUUAAGACCCAGGAACCUGGUAAUGGUAAAUGGAAGAUGACUUCCCAAACAAGUAGAUUCAGCAACUCUAAAGGAUUGGUGCCGGUUGAAGAGGAAACACAGCCAUGUGGAAUGGUUCUAAUUACCAUUGAUGACGAUGACGAUUAA